UUUUUUGAAUGAUUUGUAAUUCUAUAGCUCAUGAAGAAUGAUAAUAAUCAAUUUUCCUCAUUACAGUGAAUCGUGGCAAUCAUGGUCCAAAUCAGCAUCACAAGAGAAUAUCGUGGAAUAUGAAAAUGACACUGAAAACUAUGAAAUUAUAGAUCCAGAUACGGAAAUAUUUGUGAACAUGCAGCAUUCAAACUCUAAAGCAUCCUCAGAGUAUGCAGAUAAAAGAUGUUUUGGAGCAGACACGAACAGCCCAAUGUCUACAGAAGAACAGAUGAUUGCUGCUACCAGCCAUGUUCACAUUAAUAGAAGAACAAAGAUUAUUAACCCUCGCCCUAAGGAGUCACAGUCAGUCAGAGAUCAAAAACAUUCCAGAAUGGACCACAGAGCUCCACCAAGAUUUAUUUCACAGAUUAACCCUCCGAACCACUGCAGUAGGAAAGAUUAUGAAUCAGAAAGUAAAAUGAUGGAUUCAGUUCCAUUUCAAGGUCCUCCUGUGGAUCGAACUUUAAAACCAGAAAAACUCUGUCAAGGCAAAGCUGGCUCCUCAGUAACUACACACAGCAACAAUGGAAGACCCAUACCAGAAUGCUCCAAAAAAAGGGAGAGAAUAGUCAAUAUACAGUCAAACACAUUUCCUGGUAAACUAUCAGCAGAGGAAAGCAAUGUAAAGGAAGAAGAUGCCGAUACAACCAUGGCUUCCAGAGAAAUUAUAGAUGUACAUCACCUUAAAGACUUAUUAAAACAACAGUCAGAGCUAUUCGAUCCAACACAAAUAUCAUAUACAGACAAUAUGAGAAAAAAACAAAUCUGGGAAGACACCUGUGAAGACAUAGAUCCACAAACCACCCUGGAAUGGAAAAAUGUUGCAGAAGAAGAAAAAGAAACCCAAACUUCCUCUCCAGCAAGCCUUGGAGCUGCACAGUAG